AUGGAGGUUCAGGCUGUCCUUGGAAUGAUUUUGCUAUUCCACCCGGAAAGGUGCUCAAAGAAGCCGGGAGAAAAGGUUAGGAAAAGCGAAUUCCAGAAGGAGGUUCUCAAGAAGGUAUACCAAGCCACUCCAUAUCCAACGUGGGAAAAUAAGAUCGAUAUAGGGAUCCUGAUAUCCUUAUCUCCGAGAGCAGUCGAUAUAUGGUUUCAGAACAAAAGGCACAUUAACAAAGGGAAGAAUCAGGGCGUUGACGAGGCUGUCGAGUCGAGAACGAUCGACCUGCAGACAAUUAUGUCCAUCGUCGAGAGCACAUUAAGAUACUGA